AGUGAUUUCAACAUCAAAAAUGUCACAGCAGAAAAGUUUAUUCAGCUUUUUUAGCCCUAAAUCCAAAACAGAACUUGCUACCAACAAUAAUAACAAUGUAGUUGAAGCUAAAGGGCAUACUACGCCCCCUAAACCCAAACAACCAGAGUGUGGCUUCCAAGUGGGAGACCUUGUGUGGGCCAAGUUGGAGGGGUACCCCUGGUGGGCGUCGAUGGUAUGUAAUCACCCGACCAAGGAGAUAUUCCACCAGCCCGGAAUCCGGCCCGAGAUUCACGUCCAGUUCUUUGAUGAUCCUCCAACCAGAGGUUGGGUCCAAUCCAAGUAUGUGAAGCCAUUCGUUGGUUUGGACAACAUCGACUGUCGUGCCGGCGGCUUGUUCUUCUGUCGCGACCAACAGCAGCAGACAGGUGCGACCGAAUGCAACAACGCCAUGGCGAUGUCGCGGGAGGAUCGCCUGGCGAUGGUCUUGGAUAUACUGUCAGAGGAUGAGGAGGAAGAAGAAGACAUGGAAGUUGAAAAGAUGGAAUUUGAUAAAGAUCUUUUUGAUGAUGAGGCGGACUCGGAUGCUGACAACAGUAAAGAGAACCGAGAAGAAUCUCCGAAAAAGACGCCAGGGAAGACGCCUAGAAAGAAUGGCCGCCCUACACGACCAAAGGCUAAGAGGAGAAAGAUCCUCGUGGAAUCUGGUGGAGAAGACGACUCUGCUGAUGAGUUCAAGGUUGAACCUGGCGAAGAGCAAAGCGAGUCUGAUGACUCAAGUAGUGGGGUGGACGAGAAUGAGGUCUCAGACAUGGAGGGGUCUGAUACAGAAUCUCCCAGGAAGAAAACUGGCAAGAGAAAGCGCGACGGCAAGGGAAGUGUGUCAACCCCUAACAAACCCACCGAAAGUCUCAAGAAAUUCUUCACUCCUGUCUCCAGUGGUAAAAGCUCGGUAGCGACACCAGUGGCGAAUAAUGAAACUAAACCUCUCACCAAUGGAAAUAGUUCUGCCGCGUCGACGCCAACAAUGAAGAGCACACCGGUGACACCUGUGGUGAACAGUGCAACUAAAUCGAAGUUGGCUGCAUUCUCGGCACCGAACUCUAGCCCAAAUCCAACAGCAGUAGGAGAGGACGACAGUGGAAUAGUUUACACACAUUACACCUUGGACUUCAUCAAGCCUGACAAGCUCAAGGACGCCAAAGGAAGACCAAAAGGCCACGAAGACUAUGAUCCGAAGACACUACUUGUUUCCGGUGACUUUCUGAGAGGUUUGACACCUGCGAUGCGCCAGUGGUGGGAAUUGAAGAGUCAACACUUUGACACGGUCCUCUUCUUCAAAGUUGGCAAGUUCUACGAGCUGUACCAUAUGGAUGCUGUGACGGCCGUCAACGAGCUUGGUCUCAUUUAUAUGAAGGGAAACCACGCUCAUUCCGGUUUCCCGGAGAUCGCCUACGGUCGCUACGCAGACAUCUUGGUGCAAAAAGGUUACAAGGUCGCACGCAUUGAGCAGACGGAAUCUGUGGACGCCAUGCAAGAAAGAUGUAAACAAAAGAAAAACUCGACGAAAUUUGACAAAGUUGUCCGUAGGGAGAUUUGCCGUAUCACAACAAAGGGCACAAAAACAUACAGCUUUAUCGACGGGAAUCCUUCAGACAAUCAGAACGCGUAUUUGUUAUCUGUCGUCGAGAAGUCACAUGACGAUACGUCUGGUGGUGGAUGUAUGUACGGUGUCUGUUUCAUUGACACUUCCAUUGGAAAAUUCCACAUCGGCCAGUUUGAGGACGAUCGCCAUUGCUCGAGAUUCCGUACUUUAGUCGCGCAUUUCACACCAGUGCAAGUGAUUUAUGAAAAAGGGAAACUCUCACAGAAGACAUGGACAUUUAUCAAUUCAAAUUUGAUUUCCGUUAUAAAGGAGCAGCUCACUCCGAAGGAGUUUUGGGACGGAUCGAAAACGUUGAAAUGUUUGUCGGAGGAGAAGUAUUUCCAGGAUGAGGAGAAAGCUGGAGAGUUUGAAUGGCCGUCUGCUCUCAAGAAGAUGAUCUCGGACAGUGACACCCUUGGUCACACCCCUGGGGAUAACUACCAAUUAGCCAUGAAUGCCUUGGGAGGGAUCGUUAGCUACCUGAGGAUGAGUUACCUUGACAUUGAGCUUCUCUCAAUGAAGAACUUUGAGGAGUAUGUCCCAAUUGAUCGAGCGUCUGCUUCAAAGGUCAAGUCGAGUGUCUUUAGAAGCGGACAACAUAUGGUGCUAGAUGGCGUCACCUUGGCGAAUCUCGAGGUCGUGGCGAACUCAACAACAGGAACGCGUGAAGGGACAUUGAUUGAUCGACUCGACCAGUGCUCAACUCCAUUUGGAAGAAGGCUCUUCAAACAAUGGCUGUGCACCCCUCUUUGUAAUCCGUACGCCAUCAACGAACGUCUUGAUGCUGUCGAGGACCUGAUGAAUAAUCAGGAUGUCGUGUCGGAGGUCACAGAUAUCCUGAAGAAGCUACCGGACUUGGAGAGGUUGCUAAGCAAGAUCCACACACUCGGCUCUGCAACGAGAAGCAAAGAACAUCCCGAUGGUCGGGCUGUCUUCUUCGAGGAUCUCAAAUACAGCAAACGAAAGAUCGAGGAUUUCCUCGACACGUUGAAUGGCUUCAAGCUGUCUCUCCAAGCCAUGAAACUGUUCAAGAAGUGUGUCACAUCUUUCAAGUCAAAGCUCUUGAAGCAGACUGUUGGCAUCAAGACCAGUUCAAACUCGGAGGGACGUUUCCCUGAUAUAUCAGGAGAUCUGCAGUUCUUUGAUGAUUCCUUUGAUCAUAAUAAAGCCAGGCAAGAUGGAAAGAUUCUGCCAAAUCACGGGGUCGACCCGGAAUACGACGGAGCACUGGUGGAAAUCAGCACAGCGAAGGUAGAAUUGGAUGAUUACUUGAAGAAACAGAAGCAGAGACUAGGAUGCAAGACUCUGACCUACUGGGGUUCAGGGAAAAACCGUUUCCAAAUUGAGGUGCCAGACUCUGUGUCGAAGAACGUUCCCCACCAAUACGAGCUGAAGUCACAAAAGAAGGGCUACAAACGAUAUUGGACGGAUGAUAUCGAGGAUCUGUUCAGCGUGAUGACGACAGCAGAGGACCGGCGUGAUGUGGCCCUGCGAGAUGUGAUGAGGAGGAUUUUCUAUGCUUUUGAUAAGAAGUACAAGAUGUGGGAGACAGUCAUCCAGUGCCUGUCUGUCCUGGAUGUCCUCAUCAACCUGUCUGCGUACAGCCGUUGUGGUGAUGGUAUGAUGUGUAGACCUGAUGUUAUCAGUCCUGAUGAGGACACAAGGCCAUUUAUCGAGAUCAGGGAAGGGCGUCACCCCUGCAUUUCGAGGACCUUCUCUGGCGGAGAUUUCAUCCCCAAUGACACAGUUGUUGGGACCAAGGAUGAAAAUGAUGAGGAUACCAAAGGGAACACGGACAGCAGCGUUGUCUUGGUUACGGGACCAAACAUGGGUGGCAAGUCGACUUUGAUGAGACAAGUCGGUCUGAUUGUUAUCACGGCUCAGUUGGGUUGCUAUGUACCGGCUGAGAAGUGUUGCCUGACACCUGUUGAUAGAGUAUUCACACGUUUGGGAGCAUCGGACAGAAUUAUGGCAGGUGAGAGUACGUUUUUUGUUGAAUUGAGUGAGACGUCUGCCAUCCUCCAACACGCCACGCAGCAUUCCUUGGUCCUCAUGGAUGAGCUGGGACGAGGUACGGCCACCUAUGAUGGCACCGCAAUAGCAUGUGCAGUCGUCAACGAACUCUCGCAGAACAUUCGAUGCAGGACGUUAUUCUCGACGCACUAUCAUUCGUUGGUUGAGGAAUUCUCGCACGAUCCGAAUAUAAGAUGUGGUCAUAUGGCAUGCAUGGUUGAGAAUGAAAAUGAGGAAGACCCGAGUCAGGAGACCAUCACAUUCUUGUACAAGUUCAUCAAGGGCGAGUGUCCAAAGAGUUACGGCUUCAACGCGGCGAGGUUAGCCGACCUGCCUGAAGAGGUCAUCGCUGUAGCGAGGAGGAAGGCUAAGGAGUUUGAGGAAGCACAGAAUAGGAUGAAAGUGUUCAGGAUGCUGCGAAAGCUUAAAGAAUUCUCAGCAGACAACAUCAAGAAUCUCCAAAACCAGAUCUGUGUCGCAUGAGUUAGCAACAACCAUGAUGAUCUUUACUGCUAAAACCACAUAUUGCUAAUGUAGCAGACUUAUCUGUCCUAUUUGCAAACGUAUUAACCCUUUUGUGUUCAUGACUGUUCCAUUUGCCAUAAAGACUCUGUGUCGCUUGCUAUAGUAGCUUGCUUGACGAUGUUGAAUCUUAAACUACUGUAUUGCUAGAAAACUGAGAAUUUCAUUUGAGAAUUGAAAAUUGUCAUUUGUUUGUUACCUAUACAGUUUUGAAUGCAAAUGUUGUAAUCAUGAUGAGACUUGUGUAUGUAGUCUUUUUCCUGUUAAACAGGCGACAUUUCUGCUAAGAAUGCAUCUAUGUUGAUUUCAUUCAUGUGCAAAAGUCAUUAAGCGAUUCUCACUUAUUCGAAAUGUUUGCAAGUCUCUAGGCCUACUAGAGAUCAAAUUGUGUGCUUGAUUUUCUGUACUCGUGCAUUUAUCAUUUUGCAACAAAUAUCACGUGUAGAUGAAA